AUGGGCCGUAAAAGGAAGUCCGUUUUUUCAACCUCUACUAGUACUUAUAUCAAGGAAGCUAGGGUUAAGCUUGAUCGCCCGGUCUUGGAUAACAGUGCUUUGGACAAAGACGAGAUUAGAUCUUGCUUUACUGUGGUAUCAGAUCUUUUGAGCGAUGCUCUUGAAAAUUAUCGCUACCUACAAGCUCGUGAUGUUGAAGUUGGCCCUGAUAUCCUUAAGGCAACUUUUGAGCUAGAGGAGGCCCUACGUCGCGCAAAGAGCCAUUUAUCAACUGCAAGUGCUCGCAAUAGCCAUAUAUUGACUGACUCCUCAACUGGAGUAGUGGGUACGCAAGAGAACUUGCCCGUUUUACCUCCUAUUAUGGAUAAAGUUUUGAAAAGAGCUGUUUUCACGCAUCCGGGUGUGGGCAACGAUACCGAGAAAACCUACGAUCGACUUGAAAUCCUUGGGGAUGCCUAUAUAGAACUCAUUGCUACAAAGCUCAUAUGGAGAAGUUUUCAAGAAAUUCCUUCGGGGCGGAUUUCACAGAUCAGAGAACUCCUAGUAAAGAAUGAAACUCUCGCCGAGUACGCGACGGUAUAUGGUCUUGACAGCAAGGCUGCAGUGCCACAGGACUAUCUGAAGCAACCAAAACGGUGGACAAAGACCAAGGCAGACAUUUUCGAGGCCUAUGUGGCCGCAGCUAUCAUAUCUGAUCCAGUUGAUGGCUACAGGGCCGUUGAAAAAUGGUUGACGCAGUUAUGGCUUCCAAAGCUUUCGGAACUUGGCAUGCAGAAGCCCGUUUUGAAUGCGAAGGAAAUACUUGCUAGAAAGAUCAUGGGUAAGGGAAUCAAAUUGCGGUAUCUUGAUGAACACCCCCCAGCUCAGCAAAGACCGGGGAUGCAGACAUUCUUCGUUGGGGUAUAUCUUACUGGAUGGGGCUGGGAGAAUAGGCAUCUUGGGUCUGGUCAGGGUCCUAACAAGACGAUCGCAGGGAAUGAAGCAGCACGUCAAGCUCUAUCAAAUGGGCCGCUGGUAGAGGAAAUUACUUGUGCCAAGAGAGCUCAUGAAGCAGCCAAAGAUUAG